CCGUUCUCGUUCUCGGUCUCGCCAAUCAGCUUCGGUCUCGUAGGCUCAAGACCCAGCUACCGGGUCCUGCAAUGGCAAGCACCGCACUCAAACAGGCGAGUGCAGUACCGCCAACUCUCCAGGAGUCCCAGACCAACGCCCUUUUGACUCUGCUCAACCUCAAUAAUCCGGUCGAGCCCUCAAGCAAUCCGAUUCAACCUUCCGGAAAAGGCACCGCUACUCUCAAGGUUGCGUCGCCAGCCGGUCCUCCAGUUUGGAAAGUCUUGGUACUCGACCAGUAUACGAAGGACGUCCUCGCCACCGUGCUCCGCGUACAAGAUCUCCGGGACGUCGGUGUGACUCUACAUGUUCAAUUGCACUCCAAUCGACCUCCAUUGCCAGACGUGCCCGCAGUCUACUUCGUUUCCCCGAACCUCACCAACGUCCGACGAAUAGCGCAAGACCUCGAAAAGGGCCUAUACGAGUCCUACCAUUUGAACUUCGUCGAACCGCUACCAAGAGCGCUGCUGGAGGAACUCGCAGCUGCAGUCGCGCGAGACGGGACUGGGGAACUGGUUGAGCAGGUGCUCGACCAAUACCUGUCCUUCAUCUCCCCUUCACCAUCCUUGUUCUCCCUUUUGCCUCCUGCGGAUGCUGCAUCCCCUUCAGCCCCCAAUGCGGUCGCCGGCCCUUCCACCUCAUCCCAGCCACAUUCCUCAUAUGCGCUCCUCAACUCUCCCUCUUCCACCGAGCAGCAAAUAGAGGAGGAGAUCGAACGCGUGGCGUCUGGCAUCUUCAGCGUGGUAGUCACCAUGGGUCAUGUACCGAUCAUCCGUGCACCCCGCGGCAAUGCUGCCGAGAUGGUUGCCAAGAAGCUCGAGCAGAAGAUUCGUGACGCCAUUCUAUCUUCCGCCCGAUCCCAUACUCCUUCACUAUUCGCCCAAGAUGCCUCGGGCCUCUCCAACCUCCAACGACCCCUCCUUCUCAUCCUCGACCGCAAUGUCGACCUCGUACCUAUACUCUCGCACGGAUGGACAUACCAAGCCCUCGCCUCCGACUGUCUGGAGAUGAAGCUGAACCGCGUUGUCAUCUCGAAGCCACAAAAGCGUUCAUAUGACCUUGACUCCAAAGACUUCUUCUGGGCCAAGAACGCUGCGAAUCCCUUCCCGCAAGUCGCGGAGGAUAUCGACACCGAGCUGAACAAGUACAAGCAGGAUGCUGCAGAGAUCACGCGCUCGACCGGCGUGAGCGACGUCAACGACAUCGCACAGAUGGACCUCUCAGCAAAUGCAGCGCAUCUCAAGACGGCCAUCACCGCGCUCCCCGAGCUCACCGCGCGCAAGGCCGUGCUCGACACGCACAUGAACAUCGCGACCGCGCUCCUCGAGGAGAUCAAGAAGCGCGGCCUCGACGAGCUCUUCUCCACCGAGGAGGCGAUCGGCAAGCAGACCGCCCAGGCGAUCCUCGAGGCCCUCCGCCACCCUAAGAACGGCGCCACCCCGACACCCACCGACAAGCUCCGCCUCGUCCUCGUGUGGUACCUGUCCGCGCCAGAUAGCGCCAUCACGAAGGAGGACGUGGCAGAGCUGGAGAAGGAGCUGAAGGCCGCGGGCGCGGACGUCGCCGCGUUCGACUACGUCCGACGGACGCGCGAGAUCUCCAAGAUGAUGGCGCCCAGUGCGCUCGGCGGGUCCUCCACUCCGGUUCCGGGCAACACCACUCCGGGCGGCGAGCUCUUCAAGGGCUUCAGCGCCCUAGGGAACAGGCUCACCGACAGGUUGAAGGACGGAGGUCUGGAGAACCUCAUCUCGGGAGUGAAGAACUUCUUGCCCGCGAACAAGCUCCUCCCUGUCACCCGCCUGACCGAGGCGCUCAUGGACCCGUCCGCGGCGUCCAACCAGUCGCUCCAGGAAACCGACGACUACAUCUUCCUCGACCCCCGCGCCUCGCGAAACCCCAACGCGGGACUCGGCAUCUCGGGUGUCGGUGCGCCCGGCCCCGGGGGCGCAGGGAGCGGUCGCGCACGCCGUAUGGCCUUCUCGGAAGGGAUCGUCUUCGUCGUAGGGGGAGCUGGAUAUGUGGAGUACGGCAACCUGGAGGAGUGGGCUAAGAGGACGGGCAAGCGCGUGACGUAUGGCGGCACUGAGAUCGUGGACCCCGGAGGAUUUGUGCAGGUAUUGGAAGCCCUUGGCAAGGCUUCGUCGUAGGCUUUAUCGACAUAAUGCCCCUUUACCCACUGUUACUAGUCGUGUUAUACUGCAAUGGAUGCCCUGCUGGUUUUCGGAUGACUCGGAGGACAUGUGUAGACACAGACUGAGCUGGAUUGUCCGGGAUGCUUACUACCAAGUAGAAUACUAUGCAAAAUACAUGUACAAGCGCGAUUAGAGUACAAUGCACGCAGCCAUAUCUCUUACUUCCGGCUGUUCUGACGGUUUGCGAGGAUUUGCACAAGCCGGAUGAAUAUGUUGAUCAUGUCGAGCUCGAGGGCGAUGGACUCCUUCAAUGGGUCGCGGGGCGCCCUGCCCUGCUCGGCCAUCCGAGCAUUGUGAAGGAUCUUCUGGGUGUCGAAGAGAACAAAGCCGCUGAAGACUGCAAGACCACCGUAGAGUGAGAUUGCCUCAGAUAUGGCCAGACCACGCAUUCCGAGGGGAAGAGCCAUGGGAGCAAGCGAGCUCAACGCGACAACGGUGACACCCGCGAGGAGAGGGCCACCCAUGUACAAGUACUUGUCGUUCUUCGCGGUAGCACCAACGUAGGACAAGGAGCCCACAACACCGCAUGUGUAGAGCGCCGCGCGCGAAAGGAUGGCUGGACUCACGAAGAACAGCGGGCUAAGUGUGGCCGCUUGACAAGCGUUGAAACCCAGCCAAAACGCGUGCUUCAAGACGGUGUUCUCCGGUGGGGUGUAUAUGGCACCCAUCAUUGUACCAAUGGAGCCGACCAAGCUCACCCCGAGGACAAGCCAAGGGUUGGCAGACAUUAUGCGGAACGCAACGCCGUUCUUGAACAUUGUACGGGCAGCGAGCGCGGUGAUUGCAAGACCUGCACCGGUGUACUGGAAACUCUCAUGUAGGUACGAUCGCUCAGCUGGAGAAAGUGCAUCGCGAGUCUCGCGGUUGAGGAUAGCGUUUGUAGCAAGGAUUGUUCCUGCAACCGCUGCUCCCGUGAUUGCAUACCGCCUCCACGCCUCCGAUUGGGUUGGCCUGUAUACAACAGGCUUUGCAUCUGUCAGGAAAUUACGAGACUGUCUUGCGAAUGGCGAUGGCGACAAAGGAGAACGCUUGAGGGAUGAAAGAACGUUUGGCCGGAAGACACUAUAGAACCGGAUACUCUGCACUUGAGACUGCCGGGCUGCCUGUGCGAACCCAGAGGGACCAAGUGGACGCAUUGCCGUAAUAAAGCUCAUACGUAGCAUUUCGUGAAAAGAUGAAGCGUAGAGUCGAGGCAAAAGGGAUGUAGGUGAGGAUAGAAAAGAGCAGUUGCUGAAGUAGCCGGGGACUG